UGACGUUGGAACUGCAGCUCAUAUAACGACGUGGUUUGCUGUGGAGAAAAGUGGGAUUUUUUUUUACCCCCCUCUCUGUCUUUAAAAAUAUUAUUUUAAACGCGUUAUCGUGUUUUUAGUAGCUUUCGUUUACUUUUAAUCAUGGGGUUUGCUGUAAAGAAACAAUGAAAACUUUUAGUGUUUUCUGAGGAAACGGGGCCUUCUGCUGCUCACCAUCGACCGAGGAAACAAUGCAGGCCUAGCUAGCGGAGGCUAAUCGGAUAAGUGGAUGAGCAGUCUGCUCUGGGAUUUAAACCUUUGACCAAACCGAUUUUUGAAGCCGUUGAAACCCCAAACCAGAAAUGAGCUCGCAGCUGCAGGUCUUCUCUCCCCCCUCCAUCUCCUCCAGUGCCUUUUGUCGGGUGAAGAAGCUGAAGGUGGAGAGUGGAGUCUGGGAUGUAUCCACCACCGAAGCUUACGGCUCCAUAGCAGGGCAGUCGGCGUAUGCAUUCACCCCAGCCAUCGCUGUACAGCCGUUUGCACCGUCCCUCGUCUUCCCCCCUUCAGCGGCCGGCUCCAGGGGUCAGGUGGUGGUGCGUGCAGCCGACAGCACCGGGAGUGCUCCUCGUGGAUCCAGCAGAAGAGUCACAGAACAGACGGCGUCUUCCUCCUACAACCAUGAACCGCCCUCCGAGACCAGGGCUCACCGGCAUGGACAGAAGAGGAAGAUCGAGGAUACCUCCGAGGGCAGCGGUAGCGGAUGUGGAAGCGUUCAAAUCUUAGAGGAGCUCUCCGCUCCAGCAGCAACGUACUCCACUCGCACGGGCGGUGGUGGUGGAGGAGGGGGUACGGGUCAGUCUAUACCUCACUCGGCUCCGACCACCAAGAGCAGCAGCUCCAACGGGGAGGGAGAUUAUCAGCUUGUGCAGCAUGAGAUCCUCUGCUCCGUAUCCUGUAGUUAUGAAGUGCUGGAGUUCUUAGGAAGAGGAACGUUUGGACAAGUGGCCAAAUGCUGGAAGAGGGGCACCAAUGAAAUAGUGGCCAUCAAGAUUCUGAAAAACCAUCCUUCAUAUGCUCGGCAGGGACAAAUCGAGGUGGGCAUCCUGAACAGACUGAGUGCUGAGAAUGCAGAUGAGUACAACUUUGUGCGCUCCUAUGAAUGCUUCCAACACAAGGGUCACACCUGCCUGGUUUUUGAGAUGUUAGAGCAGAACCUGUACGACUUCCUCAAGCAGAGCAAGUUCAGCCCGCUCCCCCUGCGCCACAUCAGACCUAUCCUGCAGCAGGUUGCGACAGCGCUGAUGAAACUGAAGAGCCUGGGAUUGAUUCAUGCUGAUCUGAAACCUGAAAACAUCAUGCUGGUUGACCCCAUUCGACAGCCCUUCCGGGUCAAAGUGAUAGACUUCGGCUCAGCCAGUCAUGUGUCCAAAGCUGUGUGCUCCACCUAUUUACAGUCUCGCUAUUACAGGGCUCCAGAAAUCAUUUUGGGCCUUCCGUUCUGUGAGGCCAUCGACAUGUGGUCUCUGGGCUGCGUGAUCGCUGAGCUGUUUCUGGGUUGGCCUCUUUACCCUGGAGCCUCUGAGUACGACCAGAUUCGGUACAUCUCUCAGACUCAAGGUUUACCAGCAGAGUAUCUGCUGAGCGCCGGCACCAAGACCAGCCGCUUCUUCAACCGAGGUCCAGACUCCAGCUACCCUCUCUGGAGACUGAAGACCCCAUCAGAGCAUGAAAUGGAGAUGGGCAUCAAGUCAAAGGAGGCCAGGAAGUACAUCUUCAACUGUCUGGAUGACAUGAUGCAGGUCAACCUGUCAUCUCAUUUGGAGGGAACCGACAUGCUGGCUGAGAAAGCGGACAGGCGGGAGUUCAUAGACCUCUUAAAGAGAAUGCUCCGCCUGGAUGCUGAUAAGAGGAUUACACCCACGAAAACUUUGGGUCACCCCUUUGUGAUGAUGAGCCACCUCAUGGAUUACCCCCACAGUUCCCAUGUGAAGUCGUGCUUCCAGAACAUGGAGAUAUGCAAGCGCAGGAGCUCCUACGAGAGCAGCAAAUCCCUCUAUUCCACCAGUGCAGUCCCCAGCACUGCAGCGGGCAACCUCACCGUCACCUUCAGCAGUCAGCUCAACCAACACAACCAGGUGCCUUCUGCGGGGGGCGCAGUGCCUUUGCUGAACUAUCAGCCAGCUCUUUACCAGCAGGCCACCAUCAACAUUCCCGGUCUGGCUCAACAGAGCGUUCCCAUCCCGGCGCGCCCUGCCGGGCUGUGCAGCCAGGCCGAGCCCUUCCAGCAGACCCUCAUCGUCUGUCCUUCUACUAUCCAAGGGCUACAGCCUUCAAAUAAGAGUUCCAGUUUCCCUGUGAGGGUGGAGAACUCUGUACCUUUAGUACCUCAGAACCAGUCUGCCCAGUCGCUGCAGAUCCAGCCCAGUAUGCUCACACAGGGUUCCUGCACGCCCCUGAUGGUGGCUACCUUGCACCCACCCCCAGCAGGCAUUGCCCCCCAGUACUCUCUGCCCCUCGGGCUGGGUGCUGGGGUGGGUCGGCCCACCCUCCUGGAGCACACAGCCGCAGUGCUGCAGACCUGGCCCGCUGGUACCCAGCAAAUCCUCAUCCCGUCGUCAUGGCAGCAGGUCCCCGGCGUGGCCAUCCACAGCUCCGCCCACCAGAACCACGUCUCGGAGUCGCCUCUGGAAAGCAUGCAGUCGGAUGCAGCUAUGCAGCAGGGGCACAGCUGGAGGAACACAACCCAAGCCAAGCAGGACAGGAAGAAGGUUAAGGCAAGACGUGGCGAGAACAGGAACAGGGGGAUUUCUGCUGCCUCCUUACUCAGCAAUAGUGUUGUGACCCCACCCAGCUCCUCCCUCAUCCUGUCGCAGCCCAUAGUGAUCUCUGACACCCCCAGUCCCGCGGUGAGCAUCAUCACCAUUCACAGCGACACCGACACGGAGGACGAGCGCAAGUUCCACCCUGCCAGCGUUGGACUGAGCCGCUCUGAACGCACCAACGUCAUCAGCUGCGUCACCGUGCACGACUCAGACUCCUCCACGACCAGCCCCCUCACUCCUCUCCCACGCUCGCUGAACCCACCCGGCGCCGUGUCGUCCCGGCAGGCCAAGUCUCUGGCGGUGGUGGCCCCCUCGCUCAAGAGCCAGGCCUCUGAGAUGGGGGCGGUGCUGCGCGGCCGCUUGGAGAGUGUGAACUACAUAAAGCCUAAGAGAGCAUCCAACAGACAGCCGUGCAGUUCAGGAGAAAGCAUCGACCAGCAUGGGAUCGUCCCAAGCCAGUCACACCCCUUAAAUCUCAGCCAGGUUCACUCGGUGGUUUCUUCAUCUCAGGAGCGUUCAGGUCCAUCCCACAGUGACCCAUCCCUCCGUCGCCACCAGACGUACCCCCCAGCGGUCCCCUCUCACUACACCUUCCCUGAGGUGUCGGCGUUAGCCGCGGGCCCAGCUGCUGCCAGCAGCCUGUACACCUACCCAGCCUCCGCCGCCCUCUCCUCCGCCUCCCAGGCCAUGGAGCAGCUGCUGGGCCGCGGUCAGAGCAGCCAGGGACACUCCCCCUCUGCCUAUGCAGCAACGUACACCUCCUCCUCCUCCUCCAGGAGGGAUUCAGGCAGCCGGAAGGAUUCUGUCAGCAGUCUGCUGCACGCCCUCCCUGCAGCCUACCAGCACCAGUUCAGCGCUGGUUCUCCUUACGUUAGCGUGACGCCCAGAGCUGAGGCUUACAGUGCCUACCAGCUGAGCCCCCGCCGCCUCGCUCAGUACCCCUACCUAUAGAAGAACCCAAACAAUUCAAAGAAAAAAAUCCUCCUGUUCUCCACCAACACCAGAAAGGGACAUUUAACUGUAGAGUCGCGUCUUCUGAUGAUUUUAACCACGAGGCGGCGUUACCUCCCAGCUCCUCGAACUGUCCGUGUUGUUGAAACGUCUUUUAUUUCCCCCCCUUUUAUGCAUCGCUUACUUACUGCUCAUAUUUUAUCACCAAACUAUUUGAUCCAAUUAGGAUGUUGUGUGAAAAGUAUUGUACACCUGUUUAAUUGUGAGAGUUUGUGUGGAGACGACGUUUCCCUCCUGUCACUAGCAGCAGCUUUAGGUGAGCUUUCAAAUUCCUCACAGCCUUUAGUUCAAAGUUCCCACACUAAUCCACCGAGGCUCUGUGUUUUUAGUGAACAUGUCUGAUUACUCAUGUCUUCUAACUAUAUUUAAAUUAUGUUUUUGUGAAGUAGGAAGAGGAAACAAAGAAGAGGAUGAAAACUGAUGGAUGUUAAUUUAAUACGCAUUGUGGUAGUAUUUUUAUUAUUUGGUAGUGAUGGUGUUAUGGCAUCCUUAUGCAAUAGAAAUAAAAAAAUAGACUGAAUGUAUUUCUGAAACGGAGAGAGAUGAAAAGGCUUUUUAAUUGAGUGAAACCUGAGCUCCACCUUGUUAUGUUAAUUAUGAAAAGAUCUGGUUUUACGUGGACUGCAAGAAGAAGUUUGUGUGACUGUAUUGCAUCUUAACUAUGAAUAAUUUUUUAACAGUUGACAAAUAAACCACCCACUGUGCUUCAC